UAUCAUAUGACCAACAACUGUGUUAAUCUUAUCUGUAUGAAAGAGAGACGUACUCUACCAUCACCAUUCAACCCUUGAUGUAGGGAUAAGGGUGGGAAAGAUGAAGAAGUAUUCAGUAUCAUAGGCGCCGUGACAAGCCGACAUACACAUUCGGAGUGAUACACCUCGGCUGAGUCACUAGAGUCCCAAACGAGCCCCAGGACAUCGGAGAAAGGGGGGAGAAAGCCCGAAGGGAGAGGAAACAUGGGGUCCGGACGUGGGAAAGGUUCCAUGGAGGAACACGUGGAGGUUCUGCAAUAUGUCAUCUACAUCUUCAACACCAUAUUCUUCUGCGCCGCUGCGGGUAUCUUUGCCAUUGGCCUAUGGAUCUACUUCGACAAAGACUCCAGCGAGUACAUGGAAGACCUGACCUUGAAAUUCUACAACAACGCCACCGCCAUCGUCAUGGCCUCAGCUUGUCUCGUCAUGUUGACCAGCUUCAUCGGCUGCUGCGGCGCAUUCUUCAGGUUCAGACUCGUUUUGAUCAUUUACAAGGUGAUGACAGUAGUCACCCUCCUACUGCUCCUCGGUGGAUCAGCCUACCUCCUGGACAACGGGAUGGAAAAAUCCCGCCUCUACCCCUAUGUUCAGGAGGAAUUCAGGAACCUGAUCUACCGGUACCAGUGGGACGUUGCCGCCAGGAGGGCUGUCGACAUCAUCCAAGAACAGGUUGGUUGCUGCGGAGGCUAUUCAUCGGCUGACUACACUGACAUACACAUGCCUGUUCCAGACACCUGCAGGGACCAGGUCACAGGAAACCAGUAUAUCGACUCGUGUGCCGAGAUCUUCUCGCAGUACAUGGAGGUUCGAACAGGCUGGAUCACAGGACUUUCCCUUAGCUUGUGUUUCCUACAGGUGUUCUCUGUGAUGUUCGCCUUCUGCAUGUGGCAGGGUGUCCGCGAGGUCAAGAGUGGUUGAACAAAAUGAGAAUUCGGAAAUAUUCUCCAAGAAUUGUCAUCUUUGAUGAGGAUUGGUUACUCUCCAUAGGUGGUAACAAGGAAGGUUAUUUAUCCCUUCUUAAUUGCAGACUUCGUAUUAAGCUGUAUUUUCAGUAAUUGCAGCAAUUUCUAAGCAGAAGUUAAACAAAAUGUUUUGCAAGUAAGGUUAGUGUUUUUCAAUAUCCUUGUACUUUCACGACGGAAAAUUAGAGCAAAAACUCAGGAAAACUUAAUUUAUAUCAUAUAUCAUGCAUUUUUUAAAAUCUUAUUGAU